UCGUGGCCCUUUCUUGCAUGUUGUGUAAUGAUUUGACGAUUUCAUUUUUACCCUCAUCGAAAUUUGCCCCUUUGCACGAUUCUUGAAAUCUUGUUAUUGCGGCUGAAAUUUGUGGACUGAGGUGAAAUUUUGGGUGUUUUGAUUUGAAAUGUGUUGGAAGGGAAGUUCUUUGUGUUCUGUUUUUCUAUUUUCCUUCUGUUUUAGGUAAAAUGUAUUUUGGAUUUUUGGUAAGGUAGCUGACUUUUUUUGUAGAUUAUGUGAUAAUUGAAGUGAGUUUGAGCUUGUUGGUUGUUGAUAUAGAACACUUUUGGGAGAACAGAACCUUCCCUUCUCGUUAAUUAGUGGAUUAUGAAUAGUUGAAAGAUUAACAUGUUGAGUUCUUUGCCACAAACCCUACCUAGUCUUGUUAUCUUUGGUGAUAUAGGAAAACACAAUUGGAAGUGUUAAAUUUGUGUUGUUGUAGAAGAAUGAUUGAUUAUCAGUCCACGUCCCUCAAAUACACUUUAGCCAUUAUCGAUCGAAUAAACUCUCACCGCGUCUUGCUUUGUACAUGUGCCGCCUGCCUUUUCUAGUCAUGCUAGUUAUGCACUUGUAAGUUGUAAGUGAUGUGGAUUUCUUGUUUCCUAUUUGGAGUUGUAAGUUUACAGUCUGCCUUCAUCUUUAAGAAGCUUGAAUGCGGGUUCAUCGUUGUUUCUAGAUUUUGGUGACAAUGCCAAGUAGCUUCUCUCGAGUUCUUUUUGUUAAUUAUUAGCUGAAAGCAUUAGCCAAGUUUAGCAGAUGUUACCUUCGUGCAAUAUUUGCUUCUCUCGGCAACUAUAAAUAUUGAUGGAUUCGUGUUGGUUCUUGUCGUGGAGGUAUACGUAUAUUAUGCUUGGGAUGAAGCAAUUCUGGUAUGUUCUUGUUGAUCAUGCUUGAUGAUUUAUAAUCUCUCUGUUUGUAUAUGUGCUCAGAUACGGAGAGUUCAUUUUGUCAUCGCAACAAUUUCUAAUCUAUUUCAUUGUUGCAUCGGAGAAAUUUGCAGGCAUUAAUAGAGAAAUGAUGUUCCGGUCGUAAAAUGCAUAUCACGAAGCAAUAUCGCUGUGUACACUCUGCAGCCUGUGUUUGUACCAAAGGGCACCUUAGUGAAGAAGUGAUCUUCUUAGUUUUCAACCAUUUGAAUUGGAACCCUAAGCUGAUAGUUGCCCUUUCUUGCACGUGCAAAUGGCUAGACGAUCUCGCCAAACGAGUCCUCUGGAAGGAGUUCUGCAAGACACGGGCUCCUAAGAUGAUGUCCGAUCUCCACUCCAGCGGAAGCCAUAUCGUGGAUGGGAGCUGGAGGGCCCUCGGCAAGCUUCUCAUAUACUGCUCCGGAUGCAAGAAAGACGGGCUGUUCAACCGCGUCCAUGUCCCCGGCCAUUUCGUGUACAGGACACGUUUCUCAAGGACGUCGGGGAAGAGCUUUCUCCUAUCGCAAUGCAGGACAGACGUCUUGUACAUCUCCGACCCCUGUGAGCAUCUCGACCAAGGGGAGGAAGGGGAUAUAGGGUUUUUCCGGGGGAUCUUCAAAUCCUUUGCGACGUCUAAAGUCAGGAAACUGUUGAUCAGCCGGGGUGCCCCGUUGCAUCCGAAGGAGGUGUGUCCCUACUGCAAGGCGAAGCUGUGGAACAUGCAGGCGGCCAACAUGAUACCCUCGAGCGCCAGCUGCAGGCUGGGCGCGUACGAUGACUGCAUCGAGUAUUAUGUGUGUCUCAACGGACACGUGCUCGGGAUAUGCACCUUGUUGCCUUUAUCUGAUACAGAUGAAGCAUCUGAGGAGUGAUGCAGAUUUUUACUCUUAGUGAAGCACCUUCACUGCAGAAAUCGAGGCGGUGGGUCGAGACGGAGGCGAGCCGAGGGAUGGAGGAUGGGGAUGCUGAGUGGAGCUUGGUGUGUGUAAUCUGCUGCUGUUUUUGGGUAGCAGAAUGUUGGUGUCUGUAAAUAUGGUCUGUUAUUUGUACAUUUUUGUACUGUGAUUUGUGACCUUACUAUAUAUAUUUACUGUCUGACUGA